AAACGUCAUAGCUUGGUUGUCAGGACUCUAUCCGUUCAGAGAGGUUGGUAGAUGCUCUCGCCUUAUCGGAGUUAACUCCCCCGUUUAUUUAUCCAGCAUGGGAGACGAGGAGGAGGAGCAGCAGCGCUCCUUGAUGUUUCUCCUGACCUACAUGCUGCUGAAGCGGAAGAGAGACCUCAACCACGCAGACGUUCAGAGGCGCGAUGAGAUCCAGAGGCGCAUCCGACAUCGACAGUACUUCUUCCAGAGGCAGAGGAGGAUGCUCAUGAUGAUGAUAGCGGGAGGAAUGCGCUCCAACGUCCGCAUCCGCACCCGACCCUGGACAACCACUCCCCGCUCCGACUGGUGGGAGAGGGUUGUGAUGACAGAGUUCCAGCCCUCUGAUUGGCUGGACAAAUUCCGGAUGAGCCGGGAGACCUUUUUCUACCUGUGCGAGAAGCUGAGGCCCCGCCUGGCGCGCCAGGACACAAGCUUCCGGCUGGCGCUGCCGGUAGAGAAGCGCGUGGCCGUGGCCCUGUGGCGUCUCGCGUCCAACGUCGAGUACCGCACCAUCAGCACCCUGUUCGGUGUGGGGAAGUCCACCGUGUGCAGAUGUGUCAGAGACAUGUGCCACGCCAUCGUGGCUCUCCUCAGCUCCACGUACCUGCGUCCCCCCACCGAGCAGGAGCUGGAGGAAUCGGCCCAGGUCUUCCACUCCUAUUUGGGCUUUCCUCACUGUGUGGCUGCCAUCACAACGCUUCACACGGCCAUCAUCACCCCAUCGAGCAACGCGUCAGACUACGCCAACCCCGCUGGCUGGCUGUCUGUCCUGUCUCAGGUUGCUAUCAGCGGUCAGGGCUACUUCUGGGAUGUAUGUGCCAGUUUUCCCGGUGGGACCGAUCCAGCUGAGAUCUUACAGAACUCCGCUCUGUGGGCCACAGCUGCUGAGGGUGGACUGUCUCCUGCCCAAACACCUGUUUUUAUGGGGAAACCACUUAGGUAUGUGUUGCUGGGGGAGGCCUGCUACCCGCUCCAGAGCUGGCUCAUGAAGGCCUAUCCGGAGCAGAAGCGCCGACGGGGAUGUCGCACGGCGUUGCCGGAGCCGCAGCAGCUGUUCAACCGGCGCCUCAGCAGAGCGCUGCAUGCCUCGGAGGAGGCGCUGCUGAGGCUCAGGGCGCGCUGGCAGUGCCUGAGUAAGAGGAACGACUGCGGGCUGGACGUGGUGCCCACCAUGAUGCUGGCCUGCUGCAUUCUGCACAACAUGUGCGAGUCCCACAGAGAUGCCUUCAAAGGAGAGUGGCAGGUGGAGGUGUGUGAGGCAGAGAACCCCCAGCCCUGCCACAAAGCCCUGGCUCCUACCAGCAUGGACCAAAGUGAUGCUGAGGAGGUCCGAGGCCUCUUCUGUGACUAUUUCCAACAGCAAAGAACCUGAAUUUAGCUGCUGAAACAGCUUUCUUAACUGGUGAAUUAAUUUUGUCUUUGCAAAUUAUAUAACCUAUUGAACUUGUACAUUCAACGCAUAAACACUUUUUGAUGUUGAACAUAGACAACAUCUUCUCUUUAAACAACAGCACCUUGACUUGUCUGUCUGUUAUCAGUGUGGCCUCCAUUAAGGCCAGUUCAGUCCAGUCUGUUUUCUUUCAGAAAUACAAAUAACCUGAAGAUGAUGUCUACCGCCAGAUCAAUGCAGGUGCAUUAAUGCAGUUACAAUAAUAAUCCCUUGCAAAUUUCAAUGGGUUUUAUUUGGGGUUUUAUGUUAAAACCUAAAAGACGUGCAUAUUUGCAAAGCAAAAAAUAACGUAUGGUUUCAUGUAUUUUUUUGAAAGUGAAAUAUGAUGUAAUUGGUUUUUAUUUUGUAUGUUCUCCAACAAACCUUCAAGACUCUCAUGUGGCAUCUGAAUUUAAUCUGAGAAUAAAUGGCAGAUGGCUA